AAGGGACUUAAAGAGACAACACUUGUGUCUCAUUCACAGUAUUGUCUUUAAUUGACAUUUUAAUUGUAUUUAAACUAAUAGUUUAGACAUUUUAGUAAACAUUUUGUAUAUAUUUCUUAUUUGAACACAAUUUAAUAGUUUUAUAAUUCAUUGAAACGUUUGUGUGAUUGAAGCGAAAAUAUUUGACACAAUUUUGAGAAAUGUACGCAAACUCUCUGUACGGCUCGCAUGGCGUGACUCAGGACUUCCAGAGGAAUAGCGCCACCAAUACGUCUAGUCAUUGCUUUUAUCCCAAACAACCCACUUAUCCGCCAGCGAUGGUCAUCGACACCACCAACACGUCGGCGCCCAUUACUAACUACCCGUACGUCGGCCGCAAAGGGAUGGCUAACCCAACCCCUGUCCCCUCCUAUCAGUUCAAUCCCAUGAGUGGUGUCUCUUGUAAUCCAUUGCCGUUUACAUCGGAUUUUCGGCCGCAAUCGAUAUCAUUGGCCACUGAGUCCUCCGGUCAGUGUUCGUCGUCUUCGACCCCUUCCUCGAAGUCCAACACUUUUGACAGAAAGUGUGGUUUCGUUUGCAAUGAAAGCAAACCUGAAUUACAGCUAAUUAUGGAUCGCUUGGAGACAAUGCAAAGAAGUAACCAAACGUUUGAGACAAACGUAUUGAACCAAUUGAGACAAAUGCGAGAAGAGAUGUCAGACAUGAGGAAAGCCAUCCAAGAGCUGCCCAUCAGAUUCGCCGAUUCGUUGACCCAAUGCCUGGAUUUAGUGAACAAUCGCGCCGAAUGUCUUUCAGUCGAUAGCGAACCAGAAGUGGUGGACGUCUUCGACAAACUGCAUCUCAACGAAGACCACGAUUUCGUGGAGAUAUUCAACAAAACAAUGACCGCUUCCGAGGACUCGACAGCUGUUAAGAAGUUUGUGUUUCCGUACGACUCGAGUCUAGAUUUGGAUAAAUGGCUGAAACACGACUAAAAAUUCGUA